UUUAUUAAAAUAAGAAGAGUAUGGAGAAAUACAGCGGUCUGAGACAACAAGAAGAACUAGAAAUAAAAAUGGUAUGAAAUCCUCACCAGAGAUGAGGAGAACAGCGAACAAUAAAAAAGUAGAGAGGGACAACAAGAAUAAGGUAAUAGGCUGGAUCGGCGAAGGCUACCGUCUGGAGAUAUAGGCCUGCCCAGCAGCAAAUAGAGAAGAACUACUCUUGAUCAGUAAUGUGCGCCGAAUCGCUGAUAUGAUCUGUAUGUCUGGUACUCAGGAAAUUGAGGGAGCGCUUGAUUCUCUGGGAGACCUCUGAAGUUUCCUGCUGAUAAGACCCGGUAUCUGUUGAAGAAGAUAUAAUUUUUUUUAUUAUUUUUUAAGAAAAAACUGGUAUAAGUACCACUAGAAGCCCUAGAACCGAAAUAUAUAAUAUAACCACUAAAAAAAAUUUCGAGUUGCUCCAAAUAAUAAUAAUAAUAAAAAAGUGCCCUCCUUUCAACAAGUGGAGCUCCCAAAAUGCAACCAAUUUUUGUUUUAUAUAACCAUCAAAGCCAACUUUUGAACCUUGAAGCAGUGAGCCGUGGCCUCAUCUCCCACCACCAUUGCCAACACCCCUAUCUCCACUGCCACUGUGACCUCCAUCACCAACUUCAACCUCCCUAAAGACUAGCACACUCACCUACACUUAUACCUCCAUGACACACUCACUAACCGAAGUCCCACCGUCUGCCGGCAAGGCAGUCAACGUCUUCGGGGAAGUCUCUGUUACAGAUGACCCCCUCGCAGAAAUUCCCAACAUGUCUUCAAAGCUCAUCAGCCAACCUCAAGGUAUCAAUGUACAACCUUCACUGCAGCAACCAGCAUUACUGAUAACAUUGAGCUUGGCAUUUAUAACCAAAGAGUUCAACAGCAGCUCACUUGCGUAUAUUGGUAGGAAUACGUAUCUUGAAAAUGUCAGUGAGUUGCCAGUCAUCGGAGGGUCUUCCGCAUUUCGGUUUGCUCGUGGCUAUGCCUUGGCCAAGACAAACUCCUUCAAUACCAGCUCCGGCAAUGCUGUUGCCGAGUACAAUGUCUAUGUUAUGCAUUACCAGUUUAGCUUGACUGUGUUCAAAUGGUAGCAAUAUUGUUCGGACCUUAAAUCAUCCUCAAGAUCACAUUUGAUGAGAAAUUUUGUGUUUCCAUCUGCAACCAAAAGUACAAAUCAUAUUUCAAGUUAAACUGUACCUCUUGUCAGUGAAAUCUAGUUUUGGUAUCUCGGUGCUUUUCUUUGUACUGAAAGGCUGAAAUGUCUUCAGAAUCAUCACCAAUAUCACACCUGAUGAAACAAAGAAAAUCCUGUUUUUCUAAUGCUCUUUGUAAACAAAAACAAGAAUUAUGAAUUGAGUUUAGCAAUUCCUGUCCUAACAGAAAUCUUGAGUUUGAAUAACAGAGCUAAUCUUAGAGCCUGAAAGGCUGAAAGUACAUCACAAUCAUCAGUAUCACAUUCGAUAAUUAAGGGUUAAAUUCUAGUUUAUCAGUACCUCCCCUCGAGGAAAUCAUGGGUUUGAAUAACAGAGCUUUUUAUUGAACCUGAAAUUCUAAAAGUUAACAUAAAUAAUCAUCAAUCUCGCAGUUGAUAAGAGAUCUUUUUGUAUUGUUGUGCACCAAUUAUGUCCAAAGUUUAGCAAUACCCCUUCUC